GUGUUGGCCAUAUUGUGCCCGCUUUAUCAUACAAAAUGCCCAAUAAACAGUUUAAAAGAGAUGCUGCUGCUAAUCAGCUUGUGCAGUAUGCCUCAAAACAUGAAGGUGAGCAAAAAACCAUAACAACAAACUCCGGUAACCCAGUAGGCAACAAGGAUGCAAGUUUAACAGUUGGAUACCAUGGUCCCACUUUGCUGCAGGACGUGAUGCUCUUAGAUGACUUAAGUCACUUUACCAAAGAGCGCAACCCCGAAAGAGUGGUGCAUGCAAAAGGAGCGGGAGCCUUUGGGUACUUUGAAGUUACUCAUGAUAUCACCCAAUAUACCGCGGCAAAGGUUUUUUCGGAAGUUGGGAAGAAAACACCUAUUGCUAUGAGGUUUUCCACUGUAGCAGGAGAACGUGGUUAUCCAGAUACUGUCAGAGAUGUUCGUGGUUUUGCUAUUAAGUUUUACACUGAAGAUGGAAUAUGGGAUAUCGUUGGAAAUAAUACUCCAGUUUUCUUUAUUAAGGAUGCUGCCUUAUUUUCCAGUUUUAUUCAUGUAAUGAAAAGGAAUCCAGUAACUAAUCUUCGUCCAGACUAUGAUAUGUUUUGGGAUAUGUGUUCUUUAAGACCAGAAACAACCCAUCAAACUCUAAUUACAUUUUCUGACAGAGGAGUUCCAAGGUCUUAUAGGCAUAUGCAUGGAUAUGGAUCUCACACCUAUGGGUUCGUUAAUGCGGAAGGGAAAUUCUUUUGGGUUAAAUUCCAUUUUGUGACCAAUCAAGGAAUCAAAAAUAUUUUAUCAAAAGAAGCCGAACAGUUGGCAGGCCAAGACACUGAUUACCAUACUAGAGAUCUCUAUAAUGCUAUUGCUGAUGGAGAUUAUCCUUCAUGGAACUUUUACAUCCAGGUAAUGGCCCCCGAGCAAGCAGUUAAAAGCCCUUACGACCCGUUUGAUUUGACCAAAGUCUGGCUUCACGCAGAUUAUCCAUUGAUACCCGUAGGCAGAAUAGUGCUCAACAAAAACCCCAGCAAUUAUUUCGCUGAAAUUGAACAACUUGCUAUGGAUGUAGCCCAUUUAGUCCCAGGGAUCGAACCAUCUCCAGAUCGUAUGCUUCAAGCAAGAAUGUUUGCAUACAGAGACACCCAUCAAUAUCGCCUUGGUCCAAAUUACUUACAGCUCCCAGUCAAUAGCCCUUAUAAAGUUCAUAAUUAUGCCAGAGAUGGGUAUGGUACCAUCAAUAGCCAAGGUGGAGCUCCCAAUUACCAUCCAAAUAGCUUUGAAGGUCCUGUUGCUGAUAAAAGAGCCAAUGCACUUACGCCUAGUAUACCAUUACAUGGAGAAGCCAAAAGAAUUGAUAGUGGAAACGAUGACAACUUCACACAACCACGUCUUCUAUACCAACGUGUCUUGAAGGAAGAGGAAAAGGAACGCCUGGUGGAAAAUCUCGUAGACUGGUUAAAAAGAACGACAAAAAAAUUACAAGAAAGAUCAAUCAAGAAUAUGUUUGACCCUGUGGACAAAACUCUUGGGAACAAGUUGAGGGAAGCCUUGAAUUUGCACGAAGACUUUAACCUGGACAUUGAUCAUGAUGAUGAUGAUUUUUAACUUAUUUUGUAUGUUUAUUCAUUAAAAGGAGUCAUUGCUCCAUGAUAACGUGAA